AAAUUAAAAAGGAUAUAAUUUAAUGGGUAAAUAAUUUGCAAGAGAGCCUGCUGUCGCAAAAAGUUCAGCCAAAGCCAAAGCAAGUGAUUUGAGAACUCAUUUCAAGAAUACUUAUGAAGUAGCUAGGGCAAUCAAAGGAUAAACACUUGCUUAAGCUCUUAAAUAUAUGCAAGACGUUCUUUAACACAAGAGAUGUGUUCCUUUCACAAGAUUUAAUGGUGGAGUAGGAAGAACAGGAUAAGCUAAAGAAUUCGGCAGAUCUCAAGGUAUUUGGGUUGAUUAAUUGAUUCUUAGGUAGAUGGCCAGAAAAGAGUGUUAGAAUUGUGUUAUCUCUCUUAUAAAACUUGGCAGCCAAUGCUCAAGUCAAAAAUUUGAGUAACGAAAAAUUGAUCAUCAAUCAUGUCUAAGUCAAUAGAGCUUAAAAGGGAAGACGUCGAACAUACAGAGCUCACGGAAGAAUCAAUCGUAAUUUAAUUAUUUAUAUAUUUUCAAAGCUUUCCUAUCAUCAAAUGCUCACAUUGAAAUUUGGGCUGCAGUAAGAGAUGAAAAUGUUAAAAAAGAAGCCAAUAAUAAGGUUGUUGCUCGUUAAUCAAGAAAACAAGCUGCAAGAUCUAAAUUAGCUAUUGGAGCAUGAGCAUAUAUUAGCAUAAGUAUAUUAAAAUAAAUAAAUUGAAC